AGUCCCAAGGGGCCCCGCGGCCGCCCGGUAGUUCCGGACAACGCCUGCUGGGCGCUCACCGCGGCGGGCGCUUCCUCCUUGCGGGCGCUUCCGGCGGCGGCGGCGAAGCCCCCCCGGGGAGGGAGCUCCGUGGGCCCGGCGGGGCGGGGGGCGCCCGAGGACGAUAUAUUUCAAGUUCUUCAAAUAUUCUUGCACAACGAGGAAAAAGAAGAAACGUUUCAGUGAAUGAGGAGUUCUUUGCUUCUAUAGCAUUUUUCUUGAGAAGUGGCUCUUUGAAUGAGGAUGACAAUGGAAGAGAUGAAGAAUGAAGCAGAGACCACUUCUAUGGUUUCCAUGCCACUCUAUGCUGUUAUGUACCCCGUCUUUAACGAGCUAGAAAGAGUAAAUCUGUCAGCAGCUCAGACGCUGAGAGCGGCCUUUAUUAAGGCUGAAAAAGAAAAUCCAGGUCUCACACAGGACAUUAUUAUGAAAAUUCUGGAGAAGAAAAGUGUGGAUGUGAACUUUACAGAGUCUCUCCUGCGUAUGGCUGCUGAUGAUGUAGAAGAAUAUAUGAUUGAAAGACCAGAACCAGAAUUCCAAGAUCUGAAUGAAAAGGCGCGAGCACUUAAACAGAUUCUUAGUAAGAUUCCCGAUGAGAUCAAUGACAGAGUGAGGUUUCUUCAGACAAUCAAGGACAUCGCGAGUGCAAUAAAGGAACUUCUUGACACAGUAAAUAAUGUCUUCAAGAAAUACCAAUACCAGAACCGGAGGGCACUUGAGCACCAAAAGAAAGAGUUUGUAAAAUACUCCAAAAGUUUCAGUGAUACUCUGAAAACCUAUUUUAAAGAUGGAAAGGCAAUAAAUGUGUUCAUAAGUGCCAACCGACUAAUUCAUCAAACCAACUUGAUACUCCAGACCUUCAAAACUGUGGCCUGAAAACUGUAUAUGUUGAGAGUUGUACUUUUCAAUGGUGAAUAGGGUACCUUUAUAUGUAAAUUUUAAAGUUGACUGUAUAAAUUAUCAGCCCCUCUUUAGGGGCCUAAUGCAGGAUUUUGAAUGGGAUUAUUGCCAUCUUACACCAUAUUUUUGUAAAACAUUGUAGCUUAAUCAUAAUCUCACAACGAAGAUUUUUUGCAUCACUUUUUGCUAUUAUCAUUCUUUUCAGAAUUAUAAGCCAAAAGAAUUUACGCCUUAAUGUGUCAUUAUGUAACAUUCCUUAUAAGAAUUGUAAAUAUUUGGUGUUCUGUUUCUGACAUUUUAACUUGAAAGCGGAAAACUGCAAGAUUAUGUAUUUAACAAUAUUGGUGGCAAAUAUUCAAUAAAUAGUUUACAUCUGUUAGACUGUCUUUUUGUAUGUGAACAAAAAAACAUAACUCAUCUUUUUAGAACUGCAGAGCAUAUAUUAAAUGGAAAAAUUAAAACUGGGUGCUUAAAGUCACUGGCAGUUCAAAUCAGUAUAAAAUGAGGGUUUUUCCUUAAAACUGAGAUUUUGGUUGUGAUCCAAUACUAGACCAGAAUACCAGAAUAAUCAUAUUAAAAUGUCUUUGACAAAGUAAUAAAGAACCCAAGAAG